AUGUCCCGCAAGGCCAGCGAGAAUGUGGAGUACACGCUGCGGAGCCUGAGCAACCUGAUGGGCGAGAAGCGCCGGAGGCAGCCGGACGGCUCGGCCGGCUCCAGCGCGGCGGCGGCCGGGGAGCGCAGCCUGAUCGCCGCCGAGUCCUGCUCCAGCAUCAACAGCCAGGCGUCCGGCGGGGAGCUGGAGCGGGCGGCCCGGCGGCAGUUCCAGCAGGACGAGACCCCGGGCUUCGUCUACGUGGUGUCGGUGUUCUCCGCCCUGGGGGGCUUCCUCUUCGGCUAUGACACCGGCGUGGUGUCCGGGGCCCUGCUGCUCCUCAAGAGGGAGCUCAACCUGGGCGCCCUCUGGCAGGAGCUGCUUGUCUCCAGCACGGUGGGCGCCGCCGCGCUCUCGGCGCUGGCCGGCGGGGUGCUCAACGGGCUGUGGGGCCGCAGACCCUGCAUCCUCCUGUCCAGCUGCUUCUUCAUCGCGGGCGCCGCCCUGCUGGCCGCUGCCCAGGACAAGGAGACCCUGCUAGGGGGGCGCAUCGUGGUGGGGCUGGGCAUCGGUGUGGCUUCCAUGACAGUACCAGUAUACAUCGCAGAGGUCGCUCCACCCCACUUAAGAGGCAGAUUAGUUACCAUUAAUACUCUCUUCAUCACAGGAGGGCAGUUCUUUGCAAGUGUUGUUGAUGGAGCCUUUAGCUACCUCGCAAAGGAUGGAUGGAGGUACAUGCUGGGCCUCUCAGCAGUUCCAGCAAUUAUACAGUUUUUUGGCUUCCUGUUUCUUCCUGAAAGCCCCCGCUGGCUGAUUCAGAAAGGCCAAACUCAGAAAGCACGGAGAAUUCUGUCUCAGAUACGUGGCAACCAGACAAUUGAUGAGGAAUAUGAUAGUAUCAAAAACAACAUUGAAGAGGAAGAAAAAGAAGUUGGAGCAGCUGGACCUGUGAUCUGCAGAAUGCUGACAUACCCUCCAACUCGAAGAGCUUUAAUUGUGGGUUGUGGUCUACAGAUGUUCCAACAACUGUCAGGCAUUAACACCGUCAUGUACUACAGUGCAACCAUUUUGCAGAUGUCGGGGGUUCAAGAUGACAGUCUUGCAAUCUGGCUGGCUGCAGUGACAGCAUUUACAAACUUCCUUUUCACACUAGUGGGAGUCUGGCUUGUUGAAAAAGUGGGCCGCCGGAAACUUACGCUUGGUAGCCUAACAGGUACUACUGUAGCACUCAUUAUCCUAGCUUUGGGAUUUUUGCUGUCAGCUCAGGUCUCACCUCGAGUCACUCUUAACCCAACAGAUCCUUCAGGUCAAAAUUCUACUUGCACAAAUUACAGUUAUUGUAAUGGAUGCAUGCUAGAUCCAGACUGUGGUCUCUGCUACAAACUGAACAAGUCAAAUGUUGUUGAGUCCUCAUGUGUUCCGGUUAAGAAAGAAUCUACAAUGGCAGCAGCAUGGGGCAGGUGUUCGAAUGAAACCAGAUUCAAAAGAGAAGAAUUAUUUUGGGCAUACAAUUUCUGCCCUACUCCAUACUCUUGGACAACACUUCUGGGCCUUAUUUUAUACUUGGUUUUCUUCGCACCUGGAAUGGGACCUAUGCCCUGGACAGUAAAUUCUGAAAUCUAUCCACUUUGGGCUAGAAGUACAGGAAAUGCAUGUUCAUCUGGCGUAAACUGGAUUUUCAAUGUUCUGGUAUCACUGACAUUUUUGCAUACAGCAGAAUACCUUACAUACUAUGGGGCAUUCUUCCUCUAUGCAGGGUUUGCUGGUAUGGGACUCAUUUUCAUCUACGGCUGCCUUCCUGAGACUAAAGGGAAAAAACUAGAGGAAAUUGAAUCUUUGUUUGAAAACAGGCUAUGUACAUGUGGUAUUUCAGAUUCUGAUGAAGGGAGAUAUAUUGAAUAUAUUCGGGUGAAGGGAAGUAAUUAUCAUCUGUCUGACAAUGAUGCUUCUGAUGUGGAAUAA